GACAACUUGGAAAGUGAAACAAGUCAUGUUUGCUGUCCCGUUAUUAACAACCAAAGACCGUAACAGACAGACAGUCUAGAACAGGCGGCUAAAACCAUUAUAACAUAUAAAAUUCCACUUAUAAAAUCUGUGAAAAAGAACUUUAAACUUCAAUCAAAAAUGCUAAAUAUUUUGGAUAUUAUUUUCGUUGGAUUAGCUUCAGCAGUAACCUUUACUGGUGUUUUAAUUAAUAAUUUCGAGAAACAUGUGCCAGCAUUUAUAUUAAAAGGUUUUAAAUAUGGGAGUUUUGCUUACAAAGGAACUGAAGCAAAUUUUCUUCAAGUUAUAGAGAUACCAAAGUCUUGGUACCGACAUUUUUAUUUAUUUGCGUCCUGUUUUGGAAGUGCAACACUUAUUUACAUGAUAAUGGUGUACCAUUCUGAAUAUAGUGUGAAUGUAUAUGUCUCUUUAGUUUUAAGGCUGUUUCUUGAAGAAGAUGAACCUGCAGUAUCUGCAGCAGCUGUAACUAUUGUAACAAUUUUGAUGGUACUUCAAUGCUUGAGGAGAUUUUAUGAGACAUACUUUGUGCAAGUUUUUGCUAAGUCAAGCAAGAUGAACCUGAGCCAUUACUUGGCUGGUAUCAUACACUAUUUCGCCUGUUUUGUUGCUGCUAUUGGUCAAGCACCCCUGUUCUGUGGAAAUCAAAAUAGAGAUAUGGUAGUUUGGAAUGACACAUAUACAAAGAUAUUAACUGUACCUUGUGUAUUAAUAUUCAUGUGGGCAUGGUAUGAACAAUACCAGAGCAAUAUAAUCUUUGCAAACUUACGUAAAGACAAGAAGUCUGGUCAGGUGAUUACAGAAGACCAUAGAGUGCCAAAUGGUAGAAUGUUUCAAUAUGUAUCUAGUCCACAUAGGAUGUGUGAAGUAAUAUUGUAUACAGUGCUUCUACUGUUAAUACCUACUAGAACAUUUUUCUGCAUUUACUUAUGGGUUCUGGCUAAUCAGAUCCAGACUGCAAUUCAAGCUCAUGAGUGGUAUAAAAAGACGUUCAACAACUACCCCAAGAAUAGAUUUGCCAUUUUUCCGGGAAUUCUUUAGAUUUGCUAUUAGUAAUUAAUAUUUAAUAUAAUCAAAAUCGAGAUAUUACAGUCAAGACUGAAUAACAUAGAAAUUAUAUUAUUUAUUGACACUAAGUGGACCAAAACUGUAACAGGAAUAAGUAUAUU